AUGCGCAACGCGGAAGGGAAGCAGGAGGACAUCGGGACUUACUCAUUCAUCAUCAGCCCGUCAUUCACUCACUUCUUCGAACAGCUUGAUGAGUCCCGCGCUAUGUGGGAGGACCUGAAGCUUUCCACCACCACCGAACUACGACACCAACACGAACGCGAAGUGGUGAGACAAGUGUACCGCCGCCGACCAAAGCGAAAGGUGGAUGAGGACACCGGAAUCGAGCGAAAGGGAAUGGAUGGGAGGGGGAGGAAGGAUGAGCAAGGCCCUCCGACGAAGAGGGCCCGCUUUACUGCCCCUGUCGCGGAAGUCGAAGCCCCGGUUCGAAGAUCAGGACCGGUGACUAGAGCGAUGACCCGUGCAGCCCAAAACACCGGUCCCACCACGAGAGCCGCUGCUCGCCGCAUGCGCGAGGCUGCAGCAUCGAAGAAUCAAACGGCUACCGCCACCGCCACUAAGACCCGAAAAUCCCGCCGUUAA